GGGAAAUCCAUUAUGCAGAGGUUUCACGACCGCUGAACAGUAGAAAAAUGUUCAGGAAAACUACUGACUAUGGAUUUCGUUUAUAAACCCAUGUGUUUCGUUGGCAAUAGCAGGUAAGUCUUACACAGGUUUAAACUUUAAUCGAUAAGAGAUUCGUGUACGUAUUCAACUACUCACUUCCUUGUCUUUAAAAUACGAGCGAGACUCAACAUGGGGCUUUCGUUACUGACCAUAGCGUUGUGGUUGACACAUUCAAGCUUUAUAAAAGAAAUCAGUUCCUGUAAUAUAACUCUGGCAGCAAAAACGAAUCUGGUUGAUCUCGGAUCAUCAGUUUUCCUGACGUGUCAAGUUUGUCCUUCAACAACGUUUACAAAUUUUUAUCACAAUAAUUCAAAAAUAGCAGAGUAUAAAUUGGGGCAAAUAAGUGUACAGAGCCUAAGCUUGUACACUUUAACAUACGACGCUGAGGCAGAAAAGUUUAAUUUGACAUUAAAAAAUUAUACACAUUCAUCUGACGGCAAUUAUUCGUGUUCCAUCCCUUUUACAACGAACAUUUCAUCGCUUACUUUAGAACACUCAGUUCCGGUGACAUUUGUAACGUUGACUCCUGCCACACCGACGAUUUCCGUGUUACAAGACGUUGCAACCAGCGUCAUUAAAUGCAUAUCCUCAGAGGGCCGCCCAACACCAGCCAUUACUUGGUAUUUAGAUAAAAACACACCGUCGGAUGACACCAAUGAUGUAAAUAUCACAGCAACUAGUAGUAGUGAAACAACAGGAGACGUAACGACGAGUACUCUUACAAUUACCGCUACGGUGGAAGAUCAAGGUUCAAGUAUUUAUUGCAAGGCCUCAAACGGAUACGGGCACAUCAUAUCAAACGUGAGGCUCAAUAUCAAUGUGUUGGUUUUUCCAUCAAGGCCGAUCAUUCUACACAAAUCAGUUAUUAUCGGCGAAAACAUUUCCGUGAUACUAAACAGGACUGUGUCGCUAGAAUGUAACUCCUCUGGAAAUCCAAGGCCAAACAUUUCAUGGCUUUUAUCAACUGGUUAUGUAAUUAACAACACAUUUAUUGAACUUAAAUGGGAGAAAAGAGUAAACACAGACAUGAUCACCUGCACGGCCACAAGUGCGUUGCAGCCAACAUUUGGAACUACACUAACACGUUCUAAUACAACUGAUUUAUGGAUUACCAUUUUAUAUUCACCGUCACCCCCAACCUGUUCAAUCGGAGAUAAGUUAAUUACAGCAAAUACCAUUCGGGCAAUUAAAAAUGAACCAAUGAAUAUGAAUUGUACAAGUAAGAGUAACCCCCCUCCCACGAGCUAUUUAUGGACACUGCCUGGCGGAAUAAAACAAGAUGGACAACAACUCACAAUACAACGCGUACUGUUGGAGGGUCCUUACACACUUGAUGUCAAUAAUGUUAUGAACUCAACAUUGCUACCGCAAGUUAUUACUGGGCAUGCCAAUAUCAUAUUUACACUUGACAUAUUAUUUCCGGUGGCCGUACAUAGUAUUGAGAAUAAAACCGUUUUGAAAAACCAGGCUUUAUCUGUCACGUGUCUUUAUACACUUGGAAACCCACCUGAGACGACUUUUACAUGGAUACACGUGAAUACAUCUCGUGUUGUUGGACGACAACAAAGCCUUGCGUUGCCAAACAUUCAGACCACUGACGAGGGCUUUUAUAAAUGCAGAGUUAACAACACAAUGACACCUACAGGAUGUUGUGCACUACCGGCAUACGAUGAAACGAUAUUUUAUGUUGAUGUACAAUACGCCGUCGAUAUAACGAGGUUUUAUGCUAGCGGAUUUGAGCAUUCUCAAAUUAUUACGGUAAACGAAAAUGAAACGGUGAUAUUAUACUGUGAUUCUGAAGGCGACCCUUUGCCUUCGAUGCUACUAAUAAAUAAUACUCGCGGUGAAAAUGAUUUACUGAGUGGAAAGUAUUACAACACAAUAUCCGCAUAUAUUCCUCAUGCACGAUGUGAAUAUGACAUAGGUAUCUACCAAUGCAGGGCGAACAACACGCACAAUAAAGUGCAGCAGGUGCGAGAGAUUAAAAUCAAGAUCAAAUGUGCACCGAGAUCUUCUCCCUUUAUGCCACCGGCACCUAAAGUUUGGACGAAAAUUAACAGUAGUGUAAUUCUAACGUACACUAUCAUGGCGUAUCCUCCGCCAAGCUCUUCAUCGGCAUUUGUUUGGCGGAAGAAAGUAAAUGAAGACUGGUUUAUUGUUAAUGAUACGAGAAGACUUCAUAUUCAAAUUUCUCAAGACAGACUUCAGACAAACCUUUCAAUAUUUCAAGUUCAUGCAGACGAUUUUACAAACUAUACGGUAAAAGUGAACAAUGACAUUGGCACCACAGAACAGACAUUUGUUAUUCAAGCGAAAGAAGAGCCAGCUAUACCAGAGCAUUUCCGUGUAUCUGAAGAUCCGGUAACAGACAACAUUGUAAUCGUUGAAUGGAAACCGGGAUUUAACGGCGGGGAAAAUCAAUGGUUCGUUAUUGGAUAUAAACAAGAAACGGGAAAAAAUUGGACUUACAAAACUAAACUUGAAAAUAUCACUCGAAUAGCGAUUGAAGGACUGGUUGCCGGAACCUCUUAUCAAUUCAAAAUGUAUGCAGAAAAUUCAGUUGGAAGAUCACAGGAAACAAUUGUUUUAACAUUGGUUACGCGAGCAGCCAAAGCUGAUAAUGGAUCAUCUUCACCUGUCGGGGCUGCAGUGGGAGGGGCUGUCGGUGGAAUUUUUAUGAUAGUCAUCUGCAUUGUUCUUUGGAAAUGUAGAAACACAUUUACUUUUAAAAGAAAGCCUGAUGCUAGUGCUCCUUACGAUGACUUAUUCAAAGGACAGACAAAUGUCUCAGCUGUCAAUACCAGCUCCGAAUAUGAAGCAUGCAGAGUUGAAUCCCAGCAGAGGGACAAGUACGAGACACUCGCUGAAACUUCGUUUCAUGUGUACUCAGCCAUAUCAAGAAUCGGCACAGAGGGGAUUAGUGUUUUUAACCGUGAAUCUGUAGCUUCAGAUAAUGAUUGUGCAGUAGGGAGAGAAGACAGAUCAUAUGUUAAUUUAGUAUUAUCGAAGACUGAAAAUUAAACAAAGUAACGUAUGUUUCUUGCAUUUGUAAAAUUACUAAAUUAAACAGUUGCAUAUAUAAUACGAAGUGCUAGUUACGUACGUGAAUAUGUGAAAAGCGCAUUGGCAUGGGAGCAUAUGACUGAUAUUUGAAUUGAUAGUGUUGAAAACACGCACUAUUCAUAAUGAAACAAAUAAGCAGUGUUUAUAUGACAAUUGUAAUAUUAUAUGUGUACAAUUAGAAUUAAGUGGUUUUUUUUGCAAUACACUUCAUUUGUCAUUCAGAAAAAAAAUGUCUGUGCACUUGCUAGCAUAUAUUGUGUGUCCUUCUAUUUAUGUAAUGAAUUGUAGAAUAACACUUAAAUUCGAAUUAUUUACUAAAACUUGUGUAUAUUUGUAGAUGCAAGUGCAUGUUUUUUAAUGUCUAGACGCAAUUAUAACACCGCAUCAAAACCUAACCUCUUUUUGCAUAAAGUUUAUUUUUCUUAUGCAUGUUGAGCUUUUUAUGUUUAUUUUUGAAUUCAUCCACACAUUAUUUUCCUAAUGUUAAGCUCUAUCGAUAAAUUAACACAUCAUGUGAAAUGGAUUUUAAACCAGACGCACAUGCGGUAUCGAAUGAUAAACAGAUGAUUGGCAUUUUAUGUUUCUUUGAAACAGUUUUCUCUAAUCUUUGUAAAUAUAGAUGACGAAUAGCAAACCAUAACAACUCUGCAUUGGCAUCGUGUGCUUUACAAAUAUAUUAGAUUUUUAUUUAUGU